AUGCAACCCACUCUCAUUCGCCGCCAGCUCGGAGGGCUCAUCCCUCCCAAAGUCGCUACGCCCUCUCUCUUGUCGUCUGGCUCCGGAGCAGGACUUGGUCCUCUCGUUAACUUUUACUCUAAACUGCCGAAGGGACCCGCUGCUUCGAGCGCUGGCGGUGGUAUCAAGGGGAGAUAUUUUAGCGGCAAAAAUGCGUCUGGUGCGCCUCUAUUGUUCCUGAUGCUGGGCAUUUGCGGUCUUGGGUACACCAUCGACUAUCAGAUGCAUUUGAAGCAUCACAAGAACCACGCCCACUAG